AUGAGGCAGUCGACGUGCCAUCUCUUUUCACUUCUUCUUCUCCUUAUUCUAGUAUUCAUUCCAUUUGGUGAUGCAUACAAAAACUAUGAAUCGAGCCGAAGCCGACAAGCUGUUGGUUAUCACGUUGACAAUGUAAUGAAACUUCGUUGUCAUCAAUGUAAUCAACCACAUGACUGUGCAACCGGAGUCUGUUAUGGUGACAUUUGUGUCAAGUCUCUUGUGAAUAACCAUUAUGUAAGCAAAGGAUGCGAGAAUUUAACGAUCUCGAGCAGUGUUUAUGAACCACAUCUCAAAAUGAGAACAUAUUGCAAAGAGGAAGAGGUCCAUCAACUAUUGAGUGAAUCUUCCAAUUGUCUUCAGUUCUCAACAUUCGUGAGUUUUCAUCAAAGACAUCAUCGAAUUCAUGCUCUUCGCAAAGUGAAGCUCCACAUGCUACCCAUGGGAUAUCGUCAUGUUUUCCAUUGUAAGCAAUCUCCAAAUGAACUGGAGUGA